CCUCGGAGCUGAGGCUCGGGCUCCGCGCGGUCCCAGGCGGUCUCGCGGGCCAGUGUCUGCCUGGAGGAUCUUCCCGAGAGGAAGCGUCCGGGCCGCGGUUUGGGCUGCGCGUUCCCGUGGGCGUCUCGGACCCAGGCUGGGCGGCGAUGGCGGGGCCUCUGGGGCUGCAGCUGGAGCAGCUGUUGAACCCGAGACCGCGCGAGGCGGAUCCUGAGGCGGACCCGGAGGACGCCACUGCUGCCAGAGUGAUUGACAGGUUUGAUGAAGGGGAAGAUGGGGAAGAUGACUGCCUGGCAGUAGGUAGUAUUAGAAAACUGGCAUCGGCCUCCCUCUUGGACACAGACGAAAGGUAUUUGGGCAAGGCCACCUCUAGAAAAGCUUUGAAAGAAGAUGAUUGGGAGCAGAGUCUACCAGGUUCAUUCCACAGGGAAGUAUCUGAAGAGGAAGGAUCUGGAGAUGAAGAUUCAGAGGGACUGGGUCUGGAGGAGUCAGAAGAGGAUGACCUGAGUGCUGCUGAGGAGCAGGAGUGUGGAGAUGAUGAGGACAGCAGUCUAGCCUGGAGAAAGAGCAGAAGGCGCUCUGCAAAAACACCAGGCUUCAGUGUCCAGAGCAUCAGUGACUUUGAGAAAUUCACUGAGGGAAUGGAUGACCUGGGGAGCAGUGAGGAGGAAGAUGAAGAGGAAGAGAGUGGCAUGGAAGAAGGGGAUGCGGAGGAAGAUGUGGAGGAUGAGAGUGAAGAAGAAAGGGCUGGAGACAAGAACAGUGAAGACGACGGCGUGGUGAUGACCUUUUCCAGUGUCCAAGUUUCUGAGGAAGUGGAGAAAGGAAGGGCUGUGAAGAAUCAGAUAGCACUGUGGGAUCAGCUCCUGGAAGGAAGGAUCAAACUACAAAAAGCUCUGUUGACCACUAAUCAACUUCCUCAACCAGAUGUUUUCCCUGUUUUCAAGGAUAAAGGUGGCCCAGAAUUCGCCAGUGCCUUGAAAAAUAGUCACAAGGCACUGAAAGCAUUGUUGAGGUCACUCGUAGAGCUUCAGGAUGAGUUGCUUUUCCAGUACCCAGACACUAGAUAUCUGGUUGAUGGGACAAAGCCCAGAGCUGAAAGUGAGGAGAUUUCUAGUGAAGAUGAUGAGCUGGUAGAAGAGAAGAAGCAGAGAAGGGCCCCACCAAAGAGGAAGCUGGAGAUGGAUGACUAUCCCAGCUUCAUGGCAAAGCGCUUUGCUGACUUCACAGUCUAUAGGAACCGCACGCUUCAGAAGUGGCAUGAUAAAACCAAGCUGGGUUCUGGAAAACUGGGAAAGGGUUUUGGUGCCUUUGAACGCUCAAUCUUGACUCAGAUCGAUCAUAUUCUGAUGGACAAAGAACGAUUACUUCGAAGAACACAGACUAAGCGCUCUAUCUACCGAGUAGUUGGUAAACCUGAACCAGCAGCUCAGCCUAUUCCGGAGUGUUUGCCAGGAGAACCGGAGGUCCUUCCUCAAGUCCCUGCCAAUGCUCACCUGAAAGACUUGGAUGAAGAAAUCUUUGAUGAUGAUGACUUUUACCACCAGCUUCUUCGAGAACUCAUAGAGCGGAAGACCAGCUCCUUGGAUCCCAAUGAUCAGGUGGCCAUGGGAAGACAGUGGCUUGCAAUCCAGAAGUUACGAAGCAAAAUCCACAAGAAGGUUGAUAGGAAAGCUAGCAAAGGAAGAAAACUUAGGUUUCAUGUCCUUAGCAAGUUACUGAGCUUCAUGGCCCCUAUUGACCAGACUACAAUGAAUGAUGAUGCCAGGACAGAGUUGUAUCGAUCUCUCUUUGGCCAACUCAAUCCUCGGGACCAGGGCCACGAGGACUGACCUCGCCAUGCUCCCCACGCAGCCCGAGGCAGGGAGUUCAGCGCCCAGAGUACCUUGGCCGGUUCAGCUGCUCAUCCAGAUGCAGAAACCCAUUGACUUCCUGGGGAGGCGUUAUCAGGAAAUUGCCUGGGAAGGUGCUGGAUUCAGAGUGUGCCUAGUACGCACCACCACCACCGGGUCCUUAACCACCACUAAUAAAGAGCGCUAUCACUGCCGCCUCCUGUGGGUGGAGGAGGAGUCAGUGGAGGGAGAGCUCUAGCAGGUGGCACGCUUGUUGGGAGGGUUUUCCUUGUUUUCUAGUCAGAUAGCCUCAUAUGAUGUAGAACUGUAUUUUCUUUAUCCACUCACCCGCUGUGGUGAACAAUGCUGUCAUGAACGUGGAACAGUUCUUCUGUGUAUCGAUUAGAGUUCCUUUGGAUGUAUUCUCAGAAGAGUGUUUGCUGGACUGUGUGUGGGUUCUCUUACUGGUUUUCAAGGAACCGCCACACUAUUUUCUGUGAGGGCUUUGCUAGUUCCCAUUCCCACCAACCGUGGAAAUGGGCUCCUUUUUCUCUGCAUCAUUGCCAACACUUACCUUUCAUCUUUUUAAUAACAACCAGUCGAACAAGU